UUCAUUUCACAUACUUUCGACUAACGAGAGAAGUUCGAAGAGAGAGGCGGCGAAGUUGAAAGAAAAAGAAGAUAGAAAUUCUGCGUAAUUUGAUAGGAAAUAAAUUGGAAAAACUCGCAGAGAAGACAUUAAAAGCUUUUCCGGAGUUAAAAUUGCAUUGAUGAUAAACUUUCGCAUCGGUGUUUAACAAUUAAAUAUUGAAAAAUCUACCUUUGUGUUAUAAAUGUUCGAAAGCAUGAACUUAUAUAUAAUUAAGCUACGAAAAGGUUGUUAAAAAGAUUAAUUUUAAAUUUUAAUGUACAGAACAAUGAUGAAAUUAAAUGUACGCCAAAACAUUUUGAUAAUAUUUAUACGAAAUUUAUACCACUUGACGAAUUUUCAUGGAAUUUAAAACAAUAUGAUGACGAUUUGAUUAGUUUAAUCAUGUUACAGUUUGUUAAUAAGAAUUAAAUAAUUUGAUCGUGACAAAUUAUUAACGAUGCAAUUUGGUAGAAAGAAACUUUUUCUCCAAAAGAAAAUGCAUGUUAUAAAUAUUUGCAGCUGAUUAUUUGUAAAUUUAUCCAACCUAAUACUUUGUUCACACGCCAGUCUGUAAUGCAACGCUGGAUGAGUUUUCCGAAUGCAGCGUUACGUAUUAUAUCAAAUCUAAGUGUUUUAAAAUUUAAGAAAAAAAAGAAUAAUUUUUGCUUUUUGUGAGAAAGUUUUGAUUAUCAAACUAAUACCUGAGUAGUUUAUGAAAACAAAAGUGCUGAAAAGUACAAAAGCAGAAAAACUGUGAAAACGCAAAGCUCGGGAAUCUAAACUGUAGUAUUUUACAUGGAUACUGACUUCGAAACAUCUCUAUACAAUAAUCGUUGCGUAACAUUUGGAAUAUACAAGUUGAUCAGAAGUGAAGAGACAAAUCGUCUGUUGGAUGAGAAAUGCUCAAAGACCCAACAUUUAAGGCAUACAUUUUUGAAAAUCUUCUUCUUAUUCUUGCAACAUUUUUACCUGUCUCUUGUACACGCUUUAGUUUGCCUUUGAGAAUCAGCAUGCUGCAUAUACCCACCCCCGUAGUGACGGGCGAGGAUGUCCGACUACACUGUUCAUAUGAGCUUGGAAAUGAGACCUUGUACGCAGUCAAAUGGUACAAGAAUCUGGGGGAGUUCUUCAGAUAUGUCCCUGCAUCAGAUCCACCCCUAAAGACCAUCCCUCAACUUGGAAUCGAUGUUGACAUGUCAAGAUCAAACAGCACUACAGUAUUUCUUAGAAAUUUAAAUAUGGAUAGCUUAGGAAAUUAUACAUGUCAAGUGUCCACUGACAAACCUUUUUUCAGAUGCGUUCAGUCCACAAAACAAUUAGAAGUUGUAGUGCCUCCGUCAGAUAGACCCGUAUUGAUGACAGAGAAAGCUGAAUAUGAAUUAGGAGAUAAUGUCUCAAUUUUGUGCAAUUCCGGAAAAUCCAAACCAGCACCAGAGCUCAAAUGGUACAUCAAUGAUCAGCUAGCUCAAUCUGAAUUGUCCGAUCAAGAAACUUUUGUGUACCCCGACCAGUUGGAAAGUACCAGCCUUGCUUUAAGAUUUAGACUAAAGCCAGACGUUCUACACAAUGGAAAAGUCAUCCUUAAAUGUGUUUCCACCGUUCAUCACAUUCAUGCAGUUUCUGUGAAAGAAAUUAGAGCUACAGGUUCCAAGCCAAAUGAAUCUCAUAGUGGAUUAUUGUGCAUCACAAUUACCAUAAGUGUUCUGUUCUAUGUAACACAAUUUUUUGUGUAACUCCAUUCUUCCAUUAUGUACAGUGAUAAUAAAAUAAAAACCUUUAAUAAGACA